UGUAAUAAUAUUGUCCCCUUUACGAUGUGCACGGCGCCUGCUCCGCGCCCAUAGUUGUUAGGUUGUUGUUGUUUAUUCUGGAUAUCAUAGUUGUUAGGUCGCAGAUGUGGUAACACUAUCGUUUGGCACACAGGAGGUGCAUGAGGGAGUAUGGUCGCACGUACAAAUGAGGAAUGAGAACCAUUGCAUACAAGCGACUUGCAGGUUUCCGUACAACGUAUUCUAUAUAUAAUUUGUUGCUUGUGGGAUGGACGCGCGGAUUUCGAUCGCCGCAAAACACGCAAGCUUGAACAUCGACUGGAUCUUCACCUUGCCACGGAACCACGCAAGACUUGACAGAAUUCGGCGCCUGGAUAGUGGAACAUGGGGUUGUGAAGUAAUGGAAAAAUGCCUUGGAAACUCCAAUAAGCUGCUCUGGUGGGCAAUGUCAUUACGUGAUUACGUGCCCGUGGCCGGUGGAAAUGGGGGAACGAGAGCUCGGAAAGACGACGCACAGGAACAGGCGAAGGCGAUGGAACACUGUGCCCGGAACAUAUUGAACGAAACUUGUAAAGGGACGAAGAAUCGCGAGUUAGCCCUCUGUUGGAGUCGUGGAGGUGGAUUGAUCGAUGGCUACGGUGGUUUCAAUGCUGUCUGUUUCGGCGCGUGGCAGCAUAUCUUGAGUCGCGCACCCGCGAAAAAGCUAAACCCUGUUUACACGAGUUGACCACACGAACGGAACGUUGACGUUGAGAACGUUUCAAAGACUUUACAAACUUAGGCGCUAUGAAAGCCAAUGUCGCAGACGAAGAAAAGAGUAUUCUAUUGUCGAGGUACAAACGUGGAUAUGGUGCUAGGCGAACGAAUGCAGAUUCUAGAAAAGAUCAUCCAGGAAACGGUAGAAUCGCCGGCAAUCUCCUCCGAUCUCGAUGAUGGUACGACCUGGAUCGAAUACGCUAGGGUAUGGCGCUGUCCUGUGGCACCGAGCGGGAGGAAGCCAUUUCGAAUGGGGCACCAGCUUGAAGUGUCGGCGUCCCUAUUGUGUUUUGGUUUGCGCCUGCAAAAGUAACACCACAGCGUUAUACCUUCAGUCA